AUGUUUACCAUUUAACGUUUUUCCUUCCUCAAUGGUUAGUUUCUAACUGAUCGUUCAUCAUGAAGGAAGUCGGGAUCUGUAGAGUCAAUAAGGAAUUCAUAAGCAUGGAAGAAGGACUUGUCGAGAAUGGGAAAACUUCAUGCAUGAAAUAUAUUGAAAUGAACAAUACUUUAAAACGAAUAAUAGAAUGCGUGAAAUUAAUUCUCUUAUUGGAAAUAUUGUUCUGCAUUGGAUGGGGUUGUUACACAAUGUGGGAAAAUUGUCAUAUCGAAUCGAUGGAAGUCAACGCCAUAAAUAAUAUUCCAAAAACAGAAUUGGAAAAUCUAUUUAGUUUUACGCGUGAUAAAUAUAUAAUAAACGAGGUUGAACAACUCAAUAAAUCGAACGAUAAUAUUUCAACGAAAAAUAUCUUAAAACUGACGGAAAUUUCAAACAUCGAUAACGAAACCGAUGCGAAUAUCAAUGCAGCGGAAGAUAAUUUGCAAAACGUGGAAGAUGACUUAUUGGUAAUAAAUAACGAUAAGAAGAGCGUAUUAGAAGAUGAAUCUUUCGUUGUGAUCAAGAAUGAUAAUUUAAAUUCAACGGAAAAGGAAUUUAAAGAAAAUUUAAAAAUCGACGAAUCGACAAAAUAUGAUAAAGAUUCAUCGGAUUCGUGGACGAACGAAUCGUCGGAAAGAAGCGAGAAAGAAAUACGACACGACGCACAAAGGAAUUUAGAAAUUUAUUCGAUUUUCUCGUUGAUCUUUGAAAAUGCUAUGAGAAAUAUAUCGGUCUCGGACAAUUCUACUACCGAGGACAAUCACAAAUUGCAAGAUUUUAAGGUAUCCAUGGAAUGGUUGAACAAAGAAUUUACAGACGAAAAUAGAGAAGUUUUUACAUCGGAAUCGCACAUGGAUGUUGAUAAUACGGGAGAAAAGUCGGAAGAAAAGAUAAUUUUCGUCGAAAAUUCUAACAAAGAUAACAAAGAUGUAAAUCAAAACGAAACGAACGAUGAAUGGAAUCGACAACAAAUAGUUUCCGAUAUAAUGGAAAGCGACUAUGAUGAUGCGAACGAAGAAAAAAAUAUUUCGGAUAGUAUAAAUAUUUCAGAUUUAUCCAAUUAUCAUAUAUAUCUUCCGGAUUAUACAUAUACUAUAUAUUAGAUUAUCAACACGUAA